AUGAGCGAACAAAAAAGUAAAAAAGCAUUGAAAUUGAAAACGUUGGAAGAAAUACAAAACGAUGCUGUUUAUGAUAUUCAUAUUUUUCCGAAAAAACGACGAUCACCACCAACUAAAUCAGUCGAACCAGUAGCACCCGAUGAAGACGAUGAUGUUGAUGAUCAAGUUAUUACUGAUUCGGAUAAUGGUGAUGAGUCUGAUGAUGAUAUGCCUGGAGAAACUAAUGGUAAAUCAAUAACAACAACUGGUCAAAAACGACCAAAGCAACGCAAGGUAUACAUUUCAGAACUAUUACCCGUAGUUCUUAAUGAUGAUGCAUCAAAGUCAAUGAUUACAUUGUCAAGUUAUUUAAUGAAGAAACGUAAAUGGCCGUAUCGAGGUUGGCAUAAACGUUUUUUUAUAUUAGAAAAAGGUUAUAUGAUUUAUGCAAAAUCUGAACAGGAUAUAAAACGUGGUCGAAUAAAUGGUAAAUGUAAUAUUGGCUUAUGUAUUGUAACAUUUAUUCGUGAAUCCCAACGAAUAAAUAUUGAUGAAACAAAUCGUGUUUAUCAUCUAAAAAUAAAAGAAAAAAAACUUUUUGAACAAUGGCUCGAACAAAUAGCAUUACAUAGAAAAUAUCGACAAGAAUUACUUGAACGACAAGCUCCAUUUAUUCAAAAUGAUGACAAACAAAAUAACAAUGAAAAUAAUUUAAUAAAUAAUGCUGUACCAUCAACAGAUUCUAUUUUUUAUAAUGAUUUUACGAAUAUUCAAGCACAAUUAACUAAUUUAUCAGAUAUACUUGAACAUAUUAAAAUGAAUGCAAAUAAUACAACAAUGUCUAAUUCAAUAUCAAAAUCAACAGAUGGAACUAAAAUAAGUGGUCAUACACCAUCACCUAGUAUAAGUAGUGUCAAUUCAUAUUCAUUUGUUGAUCUUCAACGACAAGAUUAUUAUGAUUCAGCAAAAAAAGUUUUUGAUAAUUUAAAUAAUCUGUAUAAACAUUUAUCUGUUGUUGCUUUGGAACAACAACAACAACAAUUAAAUAAUUCAUCACUUGGAGACAAUGAUAUUUAUCAUUCAAUAUCACCAAAAGCGUCUAUGUCACGACAUGGCUCAAUUUUUUAUGAUGCUUUAGAAGCUCAUAGUGUACUAAUGUUAAAUAAUGAUAAAGAUGAACUUGCAAAAUUGUCCGAAUCAGAAUCAUCAAGUUCUGAUGAAGAUGAAAGUCAUGCCGGUGAACUCGAUCGUCAAAUAUCUGCUCUACAUCAAUUAAAACCACCCAAAAUAAAAACAAAAUGGCGUCGUUCAUCUUUACCAGCCGGUGCACCAGAUACAACAAAUGUUGGUUUAUGGAAUAUAAUGCGUAAAGCAAUUGGCAAAGAUUUAUCUCGUAUAGCAAUGCCAAUUGUAUUAAAUGAACCAUUAGGUUUAUUACAAAAAUUAUGUGAAGAAAUGGAAUAUUCAGAUUUACUUGAUCAUGCAUCACAAACAGAUGAACCUCAUUUACGUCUUGUUUAUGUUGUUGCAUUUAUUGUAUCAACAUAUUCAUCAAAUCAUUAUCGAACUGGAAGAAAAAAUUUUAAUCCAUUAUUAGGUGAAACAUAUGAAUGUAUACGAGAAGACAAAGGAUGGAAAUUUAUUGCUGAACAAGUUAGUCAUCAUCCACCGAUUAGUGUUUGUGCUUGUGACUCACCGAAUUUUAUAUUUUCACAAAAAAUUUUUCCUGAUUCAUUAAAUGUAUUAACAUUUAAAAAAUAUAAUGAAACAAUAAUAUGGAAUAAAUGUACAAUGUGUAUACAUAAUGUUUUAUCUACUGAUCGAUGGAUUGAUCAUUAUGGUGAUGUUUUGGUUGAAAGUUCAUUAGGAAUUAAAUCUCGCAUUAGUUUUCUACAAAGUGAUUAUCGAACACGUUUGAAUAAUGUUGUCGGAGAUGUUGAAGAUGUUAAUGGACGAUUAGUACAUAAAAUAUUUGGUCGUUGGCAUGAAGAACUUUAUUGUGGAACUGAUAAAGCAGCAAAAUGUAUUUGGCGACAAAGUAUAUUAGCUGCAUGUAGUCGUUGUUAUCGAGCUGAAUUACCUGGUGGAAAAAGUGAAGGCAAUCUAUAUCGUGUACAUGAAUUUACUAAAGUUGAGAUGUUUGCUGUUACAACUAAUGAUGAGAAUGUUUCACAAGAAAUGCAUAAUGACAUUGUUCGAUUAGAAACAUUAAUGUUUGAAGAACUUGGAUUACAUUUUAGAAUACUUGAUAUGCCAUCAGAAGAACUUGGUCCUUCAGCAUAUCGAAAAUAUGAUAUUGAAACUUGGAUGCCAGCAAAAGAAUUUUAUGGUGAAGUCAGUAGUGCAUCAAAUUGUACUGAUUUUCAAUCACGUCGGCUUCAUAUUAAAUAUAUUGAUGAUGAUGGUGAUGAACGAUUUGUUCAUACUUUAAAUGGAACAGCUAUGGCCAUACCGAGAAUGCUCACUGCUAUUAUUGAAUUAAAUUGGAAUCCGGAAACAAAACAAAUUCAAAUUCCAAAACCUCUACGAUCUUUUAUGGGUAAUCGAGAAUUUAUUUCAAAAAGUUCAUCAACACCUACUACGCAAUGGAUCAAGUUUCUUAGUUGA